CUCUCAAAGAGCCGCUAUUCUUUGAUGAUUGGGCAGCGGCAAACUUCAAAGUAAUAAAUCUUACUCCUGACUGGCUGGCGGCCCACCAAAGUCCUUAUCAAAUCCUAAGAAGUGAUCCUUCAGUCCUCAGAUAGUCCAAGGAUAUCUUGAGGAGAGGAAGCGCCGAGGCUACACUUUUCCAUGAGAAGACGCUUUUUGUGUCAUUUUAGCAGCGCUCUGAAACCCUCUGGUUUGAGACUGUGGGGAAGAGAGGAAGGAGAAAGUUUGCCAUGGCAGCAGUGGCUGUGCUGAGAAACGACACUCUCCAGGCAUUUCUGCAGGACCGUACUCCAAACUCCUCGCCGGAAAACAGCAAGCAUUCCCCUCUGGCACUCUUAGCAGCUACGUGUAACCGGAUCGGCCACCACCACGGCUCCAACCCGGCGGAGUUCCUCCAAGUCCCGUACGAAACCACGCUCGGGUCCCCGUCGCGGAUUUUCCACCCAUGGAGUAACGAGGCGAACCCCACGUCCAACUCCUCGUUCGGACUAUCCUCCAAACCGCAGCUCUCGGCGCACCUGCAGGGCUCCUACACUUCCCACCAUGAGCUCCCGCUGACCCCGCCGGCCGACCCCACGUACCCGUACGACUUCUCCCCGGUCAAGAUGCUGCCGUGCUCCAUGCAGUCCACCUGCCCGCCCACCUACGUCCCGGCCGUCACGUACGCGGCACCGACCCCGAUCCCGCCCGCCAUGCCGGGCUUCGUGACGGGACACUCGGGCCUGGUCCACCAGCAGCAGAGACAGCUGUCCCCCAACCCCGGAGAGGACAUCCCCUGGUGGAGCCUCCAGCAGGGCAACCCGGUGAGCCACCCGUCGUCGCUCGCGCCUCACCGCUUCCCCAUCCAGAGGAGCCUGGUGCUGGGGCACACGGACUUUGCGCAGUACCAGAGCCAAAUCGCUGCGCUCCUGCACACCAAAUCCCCCCUGGCCACGGCCCGCCGCUGCCGCCGCUGCCGCUGCCCCAACUGCCAGUCCUCCAGCGGCUCCAACGACGAGCCCGGCAAGAAGAAGCAGCACGUGUGCCACAUCCCGGGCUGCGGCAAAGUCUAUGGCAAAACGUCGCACCUCAAGGCGCACCUGCGCUGGCACUCGGGCGAAAGGCCGUUCGUGUGCAACUGGCUCUUCUGCGGCAAGAGCUUUACGCGCUCCGACGAGCUGCAGAGGCACCUCAGGACACACACCGGCGAGAAGAGGUUCGUGUGUCCGGACUGCUGCAAGAGGUUCAUGAGGAGCGACCACCUGGCCAAGCACGUAAAGACGCAUCAGAACAAGAAGGGCAAACCUCACGAAAAGCCCGCCGAGCACCACGUUAAACGGGAGGACACGAGACACCUAUAAGGAGAGCGCGGAGACCGCAGACUGUAGUGCAAUACACAGCGAGCUUGAUGGAGCCGAGCACACGCAGGCUGGUCUGUCAAGUGGACGUCUGAAACUUUCGUUGAGAAACUGAGGAGUUGAUUUCUUCCCGAGGCUCAAAGAGACGCGCUACCUUGGAAGUUACGUUUUCGUUCUUUUUCUGGACUUGUAAAUAUGAUUUUCAAGUCAGUUUCAGUUCUCAUAGGGACUCUGAAGAACCUUUCACAUCCCUGUGCUGCCCAAACCACUAACAAGUUUUGAACUUGUGUUAAGAUCUCUGUCUUCGGUGGAAGAUCUCGCAUUGUUGUAAAUAUAUAUUUAAUAGCUUUUGUUGAAGGAAAGUGUCAGUUUUCGCUCCUUGUGGGGUGUUUUAGCAUGCUAUUGAGAACAAACUGUUAAAUAAAUUGCUGUGUGAAAAAUAAAGAAUAUUACUUGUUCAUCCACUUAAAAGUUGAGUAGUAGGUGUUUUUAAAUCAGUUAAUGAGUAGGAUUUUACACAAAGUAGGGAAAA